AUGAGUUCGACCCGUUCAAGAAUUGCGUCUGUGGAAGACGCCGACGACGACGGAAAUAUCAUUCAGGGAACCUCCCGCUACGCUGCCUCUGUUGGCUCCAAGGACAACUCGAGCUCCGGCCGACCACGAAAAGAGCACAAGAAGUCAGACUCGUCACCCAUAGUGACGAACGGCCAACCUGACUCCGACUCGACGCGACAGCCCCGCAGAAGUGAAUCGUUCAAGACACCGCGAAGAGAGCGCGAGAAAUCGACACACGGCACCAAAAGAUCAAACAUGUCGUCCUCACGCCCCGUUCCACGACAUGCCAACACCGCUGGUGAUCUUCCCAGACGGGGAGAGUCCCAGAGGACCGGAAGAGAUAACGAGGCUUCCUAUUACGGCGUGAGCCCUACUAUGACAACAUCCUCCUCUCGACCACCUCGCCCUCAGACGUCCGCUCCCCGGCCCGGUAGUUAUUACGGGACGGGCCCAACACGACCACCUCCGCCUUCUGCUCGCUAUACUGCGCCUGGGCCCCCGCUUCAUCCUCCGCAAUUCAUGCCUCCAUCCUAUCCAACUGGUCCGCCAACAUGGGCUGGACCGGGAUCCAUGCAGCCAUUCCCGACCCCAACGCCUGGCUCGCUGAGUCGACAGCCUACGGACUACUUCUCUGCACAACCCGUCGAUCCACGCCUGGAUGCCCAACUCGCUGCUCUUAGCCUUGGAACUAGCCCGAGCCGCCCCCGAACCGCCAUGGCUUAUCGUACCUCCCGCGCCCUUGAAUAUGGGGAGGCAGAUUUCGACGAAGAGCCCGAGAAACCGAUGCCGCGACCCUCUCUCUCUCACAGGAAGCCGUCGAGGGACGAAGAUGCCCGAAGAAUGCCUCCUCCGGUCAGGUCUUCUACUGCUCACCCGUCCGCCACCCCGCACAGGCCACCGCCAGCACCGGCAACACCAGGCAGACGAGCUUCACGAUAUGCCGACGAAGACCAGGCGGCGGGUGCGUUGUUCGCCCUUUCGCCAACUCCUUACGAAUAUCAGGCCCCUGCUCCUGCCCCAAGCCGAGCGCGUUCCAAGUCAAGACCAAGGCACCAGCGGCGACCCAGUGUCAGCGCGGGAACAUACGAAGACCCGGAUUCUAGGAUGGAAGUAGCCACUCGCCAUAACCGGCGGCACUCGUAUUAUGGAGCAGUACUACAACCAAGUGCUGCCCGUGGGAACGGGUACGAGGAGAAAAUCCGGCAAGCCGCUCAGUACCAGACCGAGACCAUUGGUGGUGAUACGAUGCCGCUUACGGCUGAAAGUCUCCGCAGGGCCCAAAGAAACGGCGGAAGCAGUCGUUCCACAAAGAGCUCGGAAGAGAGUCGUGAUGAGAGCGAUUACAGGCACUCGGCAUCAACACGCACCACGCGGUCAAGUGGCAUGCCGCCUGAGGACGUCACCAUUCGGGUGAUGAAGGGCAGGGGUGCCGUACUCGAAGUAAACGGAGCAAAGCUAAAGUGCUCUAAUGGAGCCGAGAUCAACAUCUCAAGAAACGCCAUCACCUCUGGACGAAACGGGAGCGAGAAGGCAUACCAUGAUUACGAAGAAGACUUUGAUGAGCGCCAGCCUCGGUACAUUGAGGAUGGACGUCAGCAGCAUUAUGAAGAACGUCGUCCUCGGGCUGAGCGAUCUCAGACCAGGGCUCGCGCGGCCUCGCGGGCGAGGUCACGCCCAAGAUCGAUGCAUUACGCCGGUCGCGAUGUCGAUGGCACCGAUUACGACUACAUCCCGGCCUAUCCUGAGUACCCACAGGAUCCUCCGACGUAUCGCUACUGA